AUGGUAGCAUCGGUUCUGCAUGAUGCAUAUCCAGGUCGGCUCGACACCCCACUUGCUAAAAGUAUCAUCAAUGUUGUUCAAAAGCGUAUUGGUAUGAAUCUGUUCUAUUCCACUGCCCUGAGAGGCAAGAAACUCACAUUUAAUAAUGUACAGGGCAGUCCAGAAGAAAGCUAUGGUAUGUUGUAUCCUUAUUUGCACAUGUUGGAGAAGGUAAAUCUCAGAACGGUAACAAGCGUGGAAUUGACUGCAGCGAAGAAGUUCAAAUACUUAUUCAUUGUUUUAGGCGCUUGCGUUGAAGGUUUUAGAGCAAUUAGGAAAGUGUUAGUAGUGGACGCAACUUUUCUCUCGGGUUCCUAUGGUGGUAUGCUAGUAUUUGCCACAGCUCAAGACCCUGAUCGGCACAAUUACCCGGUUGCGUUCGGUGUGAUUGAUGGCGAGAAUAAUCGUAGCUGGGGACAUGCAAGCAUCAUCAAGGCAGUCUCUGGGGUGUAUCCGAGCGCUCAUCAAGACUUCGUUGCUGCGAAAUUCAGGGAUUGCGCGCAUAUCUAUACUCAAUCUGAGUUCAUUAGAGAGUAUGGUGAUUUUAGAGUUAGGUUUCCUAAAGCCGCUGAGUACCUUGAUAAGAGUGUGACGCUGGAAAAAUGGGCUAGGUGCUGCUUUGCGGGGGAUAAGUACAACAUAGAGACUAGUAACGCCGGAGAAUACAGGAAGGAAUCUUGUGGUCUUUUUAACAAUAAGAGAGUGGUGCCUGUUUUGGAGAACGAAAAACACACUAGAUGUGCAAUCGCGUCUCUUUUAGUGGUGACGGAACUAAACAGCUACGAGCUUGAAUACAGCGUUAAUGGAAUGGAGGGAAAAACUUACGUGGUGAACUUGAUAGUGAAAAGCUGUUGCUGCAGGCAGUUUGAUAUAGACAAGUUCCCGUGUGAACAUGCAAUAGCCGCCGCAAAGAAACUGAUGAGCACCGAAGAUGGAUCAGCAAAUAUCGAAGUGUAUGACUUGUGCUCAAAGUAUUACUUGAUUGAGACGUGGGCAUUGGCAUACCAUCGAACAAUUUAUUCUGUUCCUCAUCAUACUGAGUGGAUUAUUCCUGACAACAUCAAAGAGUUGGUCGUUUUACCACCAGAUGUGAAGAAAAAACCAGAUAGAAAUAAAGAAAAGCGUGUACCAGGGCCUGGAGAACGUCGCCGGAGGACAAAGAACAAGGAAGACCCUCACUUGAACUUGGAGGCUUGUUUCCGAAGAAUGAACAAGGGGUUACCACUUUUCCCAAAGAAGGAUUACGACAAAGGUACAAGAUGGGGUCCCGAAGUUAAUGGAGUCAAAAUUGUUGUCAAAUGCCCUAAGAAAAUGGGAAUUCCAGAGUUCUGCUACUGCGGUCCCUCCGUUCCAAGUUGUGGAUUUAAAAAGUGGUGGGAUGUCGCGAUCGAAGAGGAGAUUAAGAUGGCAAAUGAAACUCAAGAAGAUAUGAAGUCUGUGUUUGAAGCCAUGCUCUCAAAGAUAAACAAGCUAGAGGCGAAGGUCGAAGCUCUUGUGGCGGCCCUGGAGAAGAAGAUGGAAGGUUGA